AUGUCUUUAACACAACUCCCGAAAAAGUUCUCUCUAGAACUAAUUAUUUCUGUAAUACAGGAAAUAGUAGAUCAAUUGAUCAUUUUGAGUACGGUAAAUCGAUGGCCAGAUGGAAUAAUCUACGAUUUUCAGUAUAAAUCAGUAAAAGAAAGAUUCGGUGAAGAAAAUCGAAGUCAACUGAAUAGUUUACCUGAAGAAAAUUUCAAUUAUAUAACGGCGAUUGUUACGAAAUUGUUGGAAGAAUUAAAAGUUGAAAAAAGCUUUGAAAAAUUUUCAUAUAUUAUAAAAGUAUUGAAAAAAUUAAAAACCGAUGAAGAAGAUUUACUUAAAGAGACUAAACAUAAAGAAAAUGAAGUUAAAAUACUUAAAAAAUUCAUCGAUAACGAACAAAUUGUUUAUAUCGAUAAGAUUAUGGAAUGUAUGGCUGAUAUAGGGGUGAUUAAAGAUCAAAUUGAGAAUACUCAAAUCGAGAACGAGAUCAAAUCGAAUUACAUCAAGUGUUACCAAAAAUCCAAAUACGAAAUGAAAAUUUUGGAAUUGAACCAAUGGAUAGAAGAAGAAAACGGAAAAAUAGAUAGAACGAAAUUAAAAAUAAAUCAAGACAUUCGUGUGAAUAGAGAAAUACAAGCAGCAACGAAGGAAAUGACUGAAGAACUGGAGAGUAAAAUUGAGGAAUGGAAAGCUAAAUAUAACGAAAAAUUGAAAGAAAUGAACGAAAAAUUGAAUAUACUCAACGAAAAAUAUAAUAAACAAUUGGAAAUUAUCAGGAAUUUUGAAGAAUUACAUUCAAAACGCCAAAAAGAAAUAAACGACUAUAAACAGUAUAAAAUCGAGAAGGAAAUAUUGAGAAUUGAGAAAGAGAAGAGGAACAAAGCGGCUACGAAAAUAGAGGCUUGGUGGCGAGGGGUUAUGGUGAGAAAAGGCUUCGGAAAAUAUCGAAAGAAGAAGGAAAAGAAAGGAAAGAAGAAGAGUACAGAUAAAAGAGAAAACAAGUGAAGAUAUAGAUACUAUAAUUCAAUUUAAUACACUAUUAAUCUGUGCAAUUAUUUAUAUUAUUCUCUACUCGUAUAGGCAACUAAUUAUACAUUUUUCCUAUUAUUGUAUACAACCAGUUAUAUAGUUCCCAUAAAUAUAGACAACCAAUAACACAA